AUGCGGUGCCCCGUUUUUCGGGGAACGCUAGCUUAUUUGUUUCUCUUUUGGUGCCUGAGCUUAGCACUACUAGUGACCACAGGAACAACAGCGGAUGCCAAGGAAAGAAUAAAAGUAUCAGAAGACACAGGAGAAAUAAGUAAAGCUUCUGGGACUCUUUCCCAGGAGAAUGACAUUGUUGACGGGUAUCAAGAUGACGAGAUUCGACGUUUGGAAGAGGAACUUGCACGUCUGCGGAAACUGGACGAAAAACAAAAAAGUCUAGAAGAGGAGACUGAUAGACACAAGCUGUAUGAACAACAGUCAAAGGUGUUACAGACCGAAACAAAAGAAGACGAAUCUCAACGAUCUGAAGCUGAAGAAGCCGCACAACGACAGGCUGAAGCUGAAGAAGCCAAACGACGACGUGCUGAGGCGGAGGAGGCCGAACGACGACGUGCUGAGGCGGAGGAAGCCGAACGACGACAGGCUGAAGCUGAAGAAGCCGCACGACGACGUGCUGAAGCUGAAGAAGCCGAACGACGACGUGCUGAGGCGGAGGAAGCCGAACGACGACGUGCUGAAGCGGAGGAAGCCGAACGACGACGUGCUGAAGCGGAGGAAGCCGCACGACGACAGGCUGAGGCGGAGGAAGCCGCACGACGACGUGCUGAAGCUGAAGAAGCCGCACAGCGACAGGCUGAGGCGGAGGAAGCCGAACGACGACGUGCUGAGGCGGAGGAAGCCAAACGACGACGUGCUGAGGCGGAGGAAGCCGCACAACGACGUGCUGAAGCUGAAGAAGCCGAACGACGACGUGCUGAAGCUGAAGAAGCCGCACAACGACAGGCUGAAGCUGAGGAAGCCGAACGACGACGUGCUGAAACGGAGGAAGCCGAACGACGACAGGCUGAGGCGGAGGAAGCCAAACGACGACAGGCUGAAGCUGAAGAAGCCGCACAACGACAGGCUGAAGCUGAAGAAGAAACGCUUGUAUCUCUCCUUAAUCGUUUGUCUAUGCAGGUUUCCAUGUUGGAAGAAUCUCUUACUGCUGCUAAGGAUCAAGUUCCUUCUGCUUGUUUUACAAUGGGUGAAGGGACUGAUGUUUGCCAAGACCCCCUACGUGCCUUUCGUGCGGCCGCUGCGGGUCUAACCGUGGCUAUUGAUCAUUUAAGCGACUUGUCAAAAUCUAAGGAACGAAAGUAUGGGGUACAUACAGAGGGAAGAAUUAAAGAUAGUACAGAUGUCCAUGAAAUUCCUUUAGGAGAAACACCUAGAAGGGGUAAAAAAGCCUUCCAGUCGCAUUCGGUCAGUUCUAAUGAUAAUGUUGCUGCUGAACUUGAAAAUGCUGCACGGGGAGCGGGAUAUGACUUGGAACGCUUCAACGAAAAGAAGGUCCCUGUUAACUUAAGAGAUGUGUGGACAUGGGUUGGAACGGUAGUUGUUUUUCUUGUAGUUGGAGCGGCAAAAAGAUUUUGGCCCUUCUCUGAGGAGGUUGAAGGGAGAGAAGAGAAAACGAAGAAUCAUGUAAAUGGUCACGAAGAAAAUCAACAUGUGAAAGAAAACAAGGAUGCUGCUAAUGUUUACGGCGAGACCUAUCCUCCUAACGAGGCACCAGACCGAGAGCAGGGCAUUCAGAAAGAUGUUAACCCUGACAUCAAGGGUACAGUACGCAGGUUGCCAGCUAGCAACGUUGCAAAUACGGUUCGUCCCAAUGCCUCACAAACAACUCCAUUUACCGGGAUAAAACCGCAAGGUGUAGGGGCUUCGAUCACACCGCCUCAAGGAGUGGGCGCCCCUCCUCAACAAGCGCCACCAUUCUCUGUGGGUGAUGCUCGACAUGGUCCACCAACCAGCGGAGUACCUAAACAAGGUGUAGGGGCGUCGAUCACACCGCCUCAAGGAGUGGGCGCCCCUCCUCAACAACCGCCACCAUUCUCUGUGGGUGAUGCUCGACAUGGUCCACCAACCAGCGGAGUACCUAAACAAGUUGUAGGAGCGUCAAACACAUUGCAGGGUAGUUCGAUAAAUUCGGUACCCUCUUUUGAGCAAGAUGCCGAGACAAAGUCUUUCGGAGAGUCUCUGAACGAGCUCCGAAAUCCGUUUCUUCAGAGGUGGUCGUGA